AAAAAAAAAACCGAGGCUUUGUGAAGGCUGAAAACCCCAAGACCACUCCAAUGGGUCGUCGUCUUCCUCUUCUUUGUUCAACUAAAACCCUAGAAAUUAAUCGAGAGGCGCACAACCUCUCCCGUGCAUUUGGGCAUCAAUGGCUCUCAACGGCCCUCGCUUGAACCCCCAUUUCGCGGCCGAAAAGGCGGUCGCGGCUAUCGGACUUGGCUACGAUCUCUGCAACGAUAUCCGGCUGUCGUCAUGCAAGUCGGGUCCUUCCGGGACGAGGCUGAUCGAGCUGGACCAUACGGAGACUCGAGACCUCGUGAUUCCCGGCGGGCUGCUCGUCCCUCACGUCUGUACCUCCAUCAAGUGCGACAAGGGCGAGCGCACCAGGUUUCGCUCCGAUGUCGUUUCAUUUCAUCAGAUGUCGGAGCAAUUUAAUCAAGAAAUGUCUUUAUCCGGCAAAAUUCCAUCUGGGUUGUUCAAUGCAAUGUUUGAUUUCAAGGGGUGCUGGCAGAAGGAUGCAGCUGCCACAAGGAGUCUUGCAUUCGAUGGUUGGUUCAUAGCUCUAUAUAACAUUGAGCUAGACAGAUCCCAGAUGACACUAUCCAAUCACGUCAAGCAAGAAGUGCCUUCUUCAUGGGAUCCUGCGGCCCUUGCCGAGUUCAUCGAAAGAUAUGGUACUCAUGUGGUUGUUGGGGUAAAGAUGGGAGGUAAGGAUGUAAUUAGCAUAAAGCAGUUGGAAAAAUCAAAUCUUCAGCCCAAUGAAGUACAGCAAUUGUUAAAGAAAUUUGCUGAUCAGAGAUUUUCUGAAGAUGAGAAUGGAAGUUUCUUACCAAACACUGCUGAGUUAUCGGGAAAACUAAAGGAAGAACAUUCUAUCCCCUUGGACCUCCGUAAAGCAGCUUUUGCUGCCUCUGUUAGGCCACCAGAUAUCACAUACACAAAGAACGAUGAUAUAGUGCGCAUCUGUAUUCGAAAGGGAGGUGUUGAUGUCAAUCAAAGUCAUAAGCAGUGGCUCUCAACCAUAUCACAAUCUCCUAAUGUCAUAUCAAUGUCCUUUGUGCCCAUAACCUCACUCUUGAGUGGUGUCCUAGGCAAUGGAUUCCUAAUGCAUGCAGUAAAUCUCUACCUUAGAUAUAAACCCCCAAUUGAGGAGCUCCAUCAAUUUCUAGAAUUUCAAUUGCCUCGGCAAUGGGCUCCAAUGUAUGGUGAUUUACCUCUCACUCUUAGGCACAGAAAACAAAUGUCUCCAUCCCUUCAGUUUAGUUUAAUGGGCCCCAGGCUUUAUGUCAACACCAUGCAGGUCGACUCUGUAAAUCGGCCAGUGACAGGGGUCCGUUUAUACUUGGAAGGCAAGAAAAGUGACCAUCUUGCAAUUCAUCUUCAGCAUCUCUCAACUCUUCCUAAGAUUCUCCAACUCUCAGAUGACCGCAGCUACGAGCCCUUUGAGGAACCAGCUGAUCGGGCCUACUUUGAACCUGUCAAAUGGAGCAUAUUCUCGCAUGUAUGCACUGCCCCAGUACAAUACAAUGGUGCACACAUUGAUGAUUCCGCUUCUAUUGUGACAAAGGCCUGGUUUGAAGUUAAGGUUAUUGGAAUGAGGAAAGUUUUGUUCUUGAGGCUAGGAUACUCCAUGGUGGCAUCUGCAAAAAUACGUAGAUCAGAAUGGGAAGGAUCUACAACUUCAUCUCGAAAAUCAGGAUUUAUCUCAAUGAUGAUUAGCACAAGAUUUAGUGCAGGACUGAAUCCACCCGAGAAGCCUGUCAAAGUGGAUAUGAAUUCAGCAGUUUAUCCAGGGGGGCCACCUUUACCACCAAGGGCACCAAAAAUGUCCAUCUUCGUUAAUACGAAGGAAAUGGUGAGGGGCCCGGAGGACCCACCUGGAUAUUGGGUGGUCACCGGAGCCAAGCUCUGCGUAGAGGGUGGCAGAAUCUCAAUCAAAGUGAAAUACUCACUGUUGACCAUAAUGUCAGAGGAUUCAAUAAUGAUGAUGUGAGUAUACUGAUUUCCCCC